GGGGGUGCCGGGUAACGCCAUUUUCGCGUACUGUGCGGUUAGUCAUUCAGCCAGCUACAGCACUGAGGAGCUGUCAUCUCCAUGGGGGACUAAUGAACUUUUUAUUCCGCCCCAUGAAGCCCUUGUCAGGCUAGUUUGACAGAGCAGUUCCUGUCAUGGAAGCAGCGGAAAAUACUCGCUUCUCCUGAACGGCUGACUGAAAUCGCUGUUUUGACAGAUAGCUAGGUGAUUAGCUAUGUAGCUAGCUGGUCAACAUUAACGAGGUUGAUGCAGUGAAGCCCGGCGUCAGAAGGCAAAACACAUCCUAGCAGACAAAGACAGUGUGAAAAUUGUUUUUUUUAACUUAGUAUAUUUCUUACGCUUCUUUUACACUCUACACGGGCUGUCGGCCAAAAGAAAAAAAUCCCAUUUAGAAAAGACGUGAUUUAAAAGGGGAAGAGGAACAUUGAAGUCGAGCUACAUUGGCAACGGAUGUCCCAGAGAACGGAUGCGUGAGGACAUGUCCACCAUGGUGUGUGUGAAGGAGGAGGAGGAUCCUGGGGAGAAGCUGUCCCAGGAUGAGAUCAUUUCCCGGACCAAGCAGGUGAUUCAAGGAUUGGAGGCCCUGAAGCAAGAGCACCACUCCAUCCUGGAGGGCCUUCUGGGCACGUUGCGCUGCCUGAAGCAGGAUGAGGAGGGCGUUCUCGUGGAGGAAAAAUCACACAUGAUCCGCAAGUCCCUGGAGAUGCUGGAACUUGGGCUCAGCGAGGCUCAAGUGAUGAUGGCGCUUUCAAACCACCUGAGCUCAGUUGAGUCUGAGAAGCAGAAGCUGAGGGUACAGGUACGGCGACUCUGCCAGGAGAACCAGUGGCUAAGGGACGAGCUGGCCGGGACACAGCAGAAACUGCAGAAGAGCGAGCAGAGCGUGGCUCAGCUGGAGGAGGAAAAGAAGCACUUGGAGUUUAUGAACCAGCUGAAGAAGUACGACGAGGACUUGUCCCCCUCUGAAGAAAAGGAUUCAGACUCUACCAAAGAGACUUUGGAUGAUCUCUUCCCAGAUGAUCAGGAUGAUCAAGCCCCAGGCAUCCAGCCAGCCCACAGCAGCGCUGCAGCAGCUGCUGCUCAGCAGGGAGGAUACGAGAUUCCUGCUCGACUGAGGACCCUCCACAACCUGGUGAUCCAGUAUGCGUCUCAGGGCAGGUAUGAGGUGGCUGUGCCUCUCUGCAAACAGGCUCUGGAAGACCUGGAAAAGACUUCAGGACACGACCACCCAGAUGUGGCCACAAUGCUUAAUAUCUUAGCCCUUGUUUACAGGGAUCAGAACAAAUAUAAGGAGGCUGCCAACCUGCUGAAUGACGCUCUGGCCAUCAGGGAGAAGACACUUGGCAGGGACCAUCCAGCUGUUGCUGCAACUCUCAAUAACCUGGCUGUCCUGUAUGGGAAGAGAGGGAAGUACAAGGAAGCAGAGCCUCUGUGCAAGAGAGCGCUGGAGAUCAGAGAAAAGGUGUUGGGCAAGGACCACCCAGAUGUGGCCAAGCAGCUAAACAACCUGGCCCUGCUGUGUCAGAACCAGGGCAAGUAUGAGGAGGUGGAGUACUACUACAUGAGAGCCCUGGAGAUCUACCAGACCAAACUGGGCCCAGAUGACCCCAACGUGGCCAAGACCAAGAACAACUUGGCAUCCUGUUACCUGAAGCAGGGCAAGUUCAAGCAGGCAGAGACCCUGUAUAAAGAAAUCCUAACCCGCGCUCAUGAACGGGAGUUUGGCUCUGUUGAUGAUGAGAACAAACCAAUCUGGAUGCAUGCUGAGGAGAGAGAGGAGCAAAGCAAGGGGAAGCAGAAAGACGGUUCACCAUUUGGAGAGUAUGGAGGCUGGUACAAAGCCUGUAAAGUCGACAGCCCCACGGUUACCACCACCCUGAAAAACCUUGGUGCCCUCUACAGGCGGCAGGGCAAGCUAGAGGCAGCUGGGACCCUGGAGGAAGCUGCGAUGCGUUCCAGAAAGCAGGGUCUGGACAAUGUGCACAAGCAGCGCGUGGCUGAGGUGCUGAGCGAGCCGGAGGCCCGAGAGAAGCAGCGAAGCCGCGAGAGCCUGAAUUCUGACACGGUGAAGUAUGAGAGCGGGCCAGACGGCGGCGAGGAAGUGAGUAUGAGCGUGGAAUGGAACGGGGAUGGCUCCGGCUCUCUGAAGAGGAGCGGAUCCUUCAGUAAACUACGAGCGUCAAUCCGCCGCAGCAGCGAGAAACUCGUUCGCAAGCUGAAAGGCGGCGGCUCGUCCCGAGACAGCGAGCCCAAAAACCCCGGCAUGAAGCGAGCCAGCUCUAUGGGGAUACUUAACGUGGCGGACAAGGCUGCGAAUGACCACUACCAAGAGCGAAAUAAUUGUCUGAGAAAAAGCCGUGACCUGAGUGCCAGCCACACUAACCUGGCGCGUUGAAGGUUUUUCACUCUGAGGAGGUGAAAGGUCACAGAGAACUGAACUGAACUUCUGACCAUCCUCGAUGUAAAUAGCUGUUUGUGAAAGCUUGACAUCUCCCGUAUUCUACUUCAGCAUCAUCCCAUCAUGUGCUAACUAUACAGAUUUUAGUCUUUCAUUGCACUCUUGAAGGUUUAUGAUCUCAGAUGGUAAUUUGUGGUAUGUAAUUAUAUCAGUACAUAUCAGGAGGGGGUGGGCUGCUGUAUGUUUCCUUGUUCCAGUCUAAUUCUAUGUGCAUGUACUGUAUGUAAGUGUGUGCUGUUGUGAGUGGCUACUCUCUCAGAUUACAGUUUAAUUUUUUUUGGUUUUUCCUAUACUAGUGGUGGUAAAAGCAGGCGCAGAGUGGAGUUUUAAUUUUAAAAUCACUUCUAAUGUGAGGCUAAAAACUGCAGUGGAUGAAGCCAGUAGGCAGUCUUAAAUGACAGAGAGGAGCUCAGUCAUUCUUUAGCUAUACCCUAACAAUAACUAUAACAGUGAUUUAAAUAUCGCUACUGCUAAAUUUGCUGCUAUGGUAGGAGUAAACUGCAACCUCUGGACCUGGAAAGGGUCAGUGAGGGACCAAAAACCCACAAUUCAUCAUCCAAAUCAAGUAAAUCUCCAUAACCGCCCAUUUUAUGAAAAGCCCAGCUUCACAGCAGAGACAAGCGUGUUUUGGUCUUUAUAGAUCAUCUCUAUCUGCAUGCAGCUUCAAAGAGUGCAUGUUUUCUAUAUAUAUAAAAGUUACCUGUUCACUCUUUCUAAGCUUUAAACCUAUGCAUAGCAAAAAAAAACCCCAAAAAGAUUUAAAAGUGGAUACAAUUGAAUCUUAUUUAAAGUUGUUUUGUUUGAGCCUGUUUUUGCUAGCAUCUCUUUUGAAGUGACCACUAGCCAGCUCUCUAGCUUUAUCUGAUCAUUUUCCAGGUGUGCCGUUUUUCAUCCAAGUAUGUUUUGAAAAAGGAAAAUAGAAGAUUGUGAAGGACAGAAUGCUGAACCCGAGGCUUCACAGCCAUAGUCAGCAAACCAGUCGUUUAAAUCACUAUCGCUAUGUUCAUCUUUUAGAUAAAGCUGCACUGAAUUUCACUUUAUUUUGCUAAAAGCUUUCAGAUGCUUCAUUAAUUUGCUGCUCUGCUGAAACAUGGCUAAAGAAACCAUGUUUGUCUUCACUGGUACCGAUCAUUAAAACGACAAAGACCUACGAUUUAGCUCAUGAAUCACAGUUUUUGGCCAGUGUUGAUGAUUUGACACCAUUUUCUUUAUAUUUGGUUGUGUGCUGAAUUCUAACUCUGCCAAUAAGAACAGUUCUACUUCCUAAGACUCUUCACUCUUUGUUCUGCAAAUUUCCAAAUGAAGUUGUGCACAGGGUGUAGAUUAGUUGAGAAAAUCUCCUGAUGUGUAUGAAUCUCAGCAGCUGUAGUUCACAAAAACAUGGAAACCUGUCCAGGGAUCUUUCAGCUGCCUCUUCCUAAAAAUGAUCCGUCCUGUGUUGAUUGAUUGAAUAUUUAGCUUUUGAUGUAGGAAAUUCCAUGUUUACAUGAUUUGGGGUUUGUAAAUUAUGUUUUUAUUUGUUUCUGUCUUUGCGCUGUUUCUUUUUAUAUCGUUCUGUAAUAAGCCUUGAGAGCAGGAUCCGUGAAUUGACUAGCACACGAAGGCUGGCCCGCACACUCUCAGGACUGAGGCUGUACUUCCACACUGACUACAAACUUAAUGUCACUCCAGACUUUUUAAGUAAUGACGAGAAAUGUUUGCAGGACUUUCAAUGACGAGACAAAACUUUGCCAUGUGAGUGAAGUUGAACCAAAAAGUGGAAAAGUUUUUAACGAUUUUUAAUGUACAUUUUUUGAAGUGGUUUAAAUUUCCAGUUAAAUAUAGAGAUAUCCAACAUAAUCCUGGUAUGAAUACUAAAGGACUUAUCAUUAAAAAACAUUUAAACAA